AUGGUGGAAGAUGCAGCGGAACAGGAAAAGGAAACAGGUGCGAGCGAGAGCAAAGGUGCUCACCUUCAAGAACAGAGCCCAUCGGAAGUUGGAAAGCGUAGAACGAGAAAAAAAGAUGCAGGCAAGAACAGCAAAAAUCGACGUCAUCGAAGUCGUUCUCCAGAGAUCGACGAAGAAGCGGCUGACACUGGCAUGGACAAAAUUGCAAAGAGUAGAGAAAGAAGAAAGGAUGUUGAAGCCAGGAUAAAGGGUCGUCGUGCCCGCGACGGGGACAAAGCUGCAAAGAGUAGAGGGAGAAGAAAUGAUGCAGAUUCCAAGCUCAAGAGUCGUGGUCGUGGCCGAGACCAUGCUUCGAAGCCCGGUGCGGUUGCACUAACAGAACUCAAUUUCGAUGCAAAUGAGCGAUCCAGAAGGCGCAAGGAAAAGUCGUCCGGAGCUUCCCGUACUGUGCGAAGAAAUGACGAUGCCCAUCGUGAACGGAGUCGAAGAACGAACGAAGACCAAUCAGCAGCUGCUGUGGCCCCGGCUGGUUCUAUCGAAUCUGGCGGGAUGGAUCCAGUUCCGGAAGCCUGUGCAAUUGAGCAGACCAAAAAUAGAGAGGUUGCCGUUGAUGCGGCCGUUGUUGCUGAAGAAGCUGAACAAACUGAACAAACACAACAAGUUGCAAUGUUGGAGACAGAUAGUCCGCGGACUCUUCAUGACGAAGAAGAUAAGCAAGAAGAUUCGAAAGAGAAACCAUUUUACUGUAAAGCCUGGUUCUGGAUCGUUGUCCUCCUCAUCUUGGUGGGAGGAGCAGCCGGUGCCUUUGUUGCGAGUCAACAAGGCACAACCGCAGCCGCCAUUGCUGACUCAAAUUCUGUAGCAGGAAGCAAUGUUUCAGCUUCACCGACAAUGACACCUGUUUCCAACAGUCCGUCUGGAUCACCAUCGAGCACUCCAAGCAGUCUCGUUCCGUUGGAUCUUCCUUCACCCAAAGACUGCUCCGCAGUUGCCAACGGAGAAGAUGCAGUUGGACAAGAGGAUACUGUAUUGCAAAGUUUCCAUGUGCAAAUGGAUGUUGUCUUGGAUUCUGAAUUCCCUGAAGACUCAACUGCGCAAGACUUGGAAGAGAAAAUUCAAGCGCUUCUCAUGCCAGAGCUUGUUGGAUGUCCAGUCAAAACUGGAAGGCGAAUGCGGGGAACACACGCUGGACUAUCCCGUCAGAGUAGUCCUUCCUCGAACACUGUGAAGAUUGUAAAUGGUUUGGUGACAGUACAACCAGAAUCGGCGACGCCUUGUGUAGAAAGCAACGAAACCCCGUGCUUGCAUGUAUCCACGAUCAUUGACCUGUACUUGGAAAAGUCUGAGAACGAAUUUACCUUGGCAAGUAUGCUCAUUCAAGUAUUCGGACCAGAAUCAGAGCUUGUGACAAAGCUUAAUUUGGAAUUGCCAUUCAAAGAAAUUCGCAUUGUUUCUUUGGGAUCCACUACUCCCGUUCCAUCUACACUGCCCUCUGCCACACCAAGUACAAUUCCAUCAAGUGCUCCAACUGUGGAACUUUCUAGCAGUCCAACGCGAGCUCCUGCUACGUUGCCGACCACGGAUGAACCAACUUCGAUACCCAGCCAUUUUCCGUCGGCUUUUCCUUCACUCGGACCAACUGUCAGUACACCUGGUCCAACCUUGGAGCCUACUCCCCAACCCACGCCUUCGCCAACCCCGGGGCCCACUGCUCCACCGACACCUGGACCUACUUUGCUACCAACAGCCUCGCCGACGCCCGUACCCACAACUCCCCAACCGACAAGAUCCCCGACCUCUGGACCAACUCCGUCUCCCAGUAAUGGCCCGACUCCUUCUCCUACACUCCCAUGCUUUGAAACCAACAGUGAGCUUUCGGAUGCAAUUGAUGGCUGGUUGAUAGCUUCUGGGUCUUCUAUAGCCUCUGCUCUUAAGGCACCUGUUGAGGCCCAAUAUGGACCAAUCGAAGACUGGUGUUUUGGUGCAGGCGUCACCAGUAUGGAAGGACUUUUUCGCUUAGAUGACCCGAUACAAUCAUCCUCAUUCAACUAUGACAUUUCGAGUUGGGACGUGUCAUCUGUAACGAACAUGCAGUCCAUGUUUGCAGAUACACCAUCAUUCAAUCAAGACAUAUCAUCAUGGAAUGUCUCUUCUGUCACAAAUAUGCGAGAGAUGUUUCGAGGAGCAAAAUCGUUCAAUCAAGACAUAAACGCAUGGGAUGUCUCUUCUGUAACUGACAUGUCUGCCAUGUUCAGCAGUUCGAGCGGUCCAUCAAUUGGGCAGUCUUCCUUCAACCAACCCAUUUCGAGUUGGGAUGUCUCUUCUGUCACAACGAUGUAUGAAAUGUUUUAUUAUGCAGUUUCCUUCAAUCAAGACAUUAAUGCAUGGGAUGUGUCAGCUGUGACCAACAUGGCUUACAUGUUCGAAGGUGCAGAAGCCUUCAAUCAAGAUUUGCCAUCCUUGGAUGUUUCUUCUGUCUCUACAAUGCGGCGAAUGUUCGACCGCGCGUCAGCUUUCAAUGGAGACGUAUCAAGAUGGGAUAUUUCUUCCGUCACUGACAUGGAAUUAAUGUUCUCUGAUGCGACAUCUUUCAAUCGGCAUCUUUGUAGCUGGGGCGAUCGGAUGGGGAACAAUGUCAACCUUAGGGACAUAUUUAGGGGCACUAGCUGCGAUUUUCCAGAUGAGGACCCAGCAGUACCUUGGAGUUUGCCAUCAUUCUUUUGCCAGCAGUGCUACAGGAUAAGCGCAUAA